UGGGGAGAGGAGGGGAGGGGGGCAGAGGGAGGGGGAAAAAAAGAGCAGUGAUUCUGAAGGGUCAUCAGAUAGCCGGAUUCUUUCACACCAGCGAGGUGUUUUUGUGCUCAUGGUGUGUGAAGUUAUGUGAGACCCGGACAAAAGAGGCAGAAGAAUCAAACCAUCGUUCCGUGGGAGGCGAGAAGAGAAGAGCAGAAUAACCCCCUGUUGAGACGUCCCAUGGAGAAGCACGGUUAACGGGAAAAGUUUAUUUCCCCCUUCCGCCACUCACUGCUGGACUUCUUUUCAAAUCGUUUUUUCGCCUUUUUUUUUUAAUCACACCUGACUAAGCUCCGAGGCAACCCUUUUGGGAAGAGCGCCGCAUAAAAAUGAACUGAAUCGAACUGAGUAAGAAGGAGAGGAGACAGAGAGCCUGGUGUCUUCUCACGUCCCUGGAUCCGAAGACUAGAGGUGAGGAGCAGACGACGCACGGAGGGGACGGGCGGAGAGCGCGCGGGAGAGAGGGGACAGAGACGGAGGGGCUGUGCAGCCCUCGCAGGCUGAGGCAAGAUGCUGCGCUACCUGCUCAAAACCUUGCUCCAGAUGAACCUCUUCGCCGACACCAUGGGCAGAGACCUGUCCAACAGCACUGAUCUGCUGUUCAAUCUGACCUCCAACCCUUCGUUCAACACGUCCUUCCUAGACCUGGGAAACUUCACCAGCUUCAACGGCUCCCGACCACGCUUGGAAGACGCCCCCCCGCGGAUUGUGGAGCACCCCUCAGAUCUGAUUGUGUCCAAGGGUGAGCCGGCCACCCUCAACUGCAAGGCAGAGGGUCGCCCUGCGCCCGUUGUGGAGUGGUACAAGGACGGUGAGCGGGUGGAGACGGACCGCGAGGACCCCCGCUCCCAUCGCAUGCUGUUGCCCAGCGGCUCGCUCUUCUUCCUGCGCAUCGUGCACGGGCGCCGCAGCAAACCCGACGAAGGCGUCUAUGUGUGCGUGGCCCGCAAUUACCUAGGGGAGGCUGUCAGCCGUAAUGCCUCCCUUGAAGUCGCCAUACUGCGUGACGACUUUAGGCAGACGCCUAGUGACGUGGUAGUGGCGGCUGGGGAGCCGGCGGUCAUGGAGUGCAUCCCCCCCCGGGGUCACCCAGAGCCCACCAUCUCCUGGAAGAGGAACAACGUGCGCGUCAAUGACAAGGAUGAGAGGAUCACUAUCCGUGGUGGCAAGCUGAUGAUUUCCAACACCCGGAAGAGUGAUGCAGGGAUGUAUGUGUGUGUGGGAACCAACAUGGUGGGUGAGAAGGACAGCGACCCUGCGGAGCUGGUGGUUUUUGAGCGUCCUGUGUUUGUGAGAAGGCCAGUGAACCAGGUCGUGCUGGCUGAUGACACGGUCGACUUUUCAUGCGAGGUUCAUGGUGACCCCAACCCCACGGUGCGCUGGAAGCGGGAAGAAGGGGAAUUGCCCCGGGGGAGAUCUGAAAUUCGAAACGACAAUAGCCUGCGGCUGAGCCAAGUGCGUGCAGAAGACGAAGGCACCUACACCUGUGUGUCGGAGAACAGCGUGGGCAAGGCUGAAGCCUCCGCAACGCUGCAAGUCCAUGUCGGCCCAUUCCUUCCCCCACAGAUUGUCAUCCGUCCUCGGGACCAGAUCGCUGCCCAGGGCCGCACCAUCACCUUCCUCUGCGGCACCAAGGGCAACCCACCACCAGCUGUCUUCUGGCAGAAGGAAGGAAGCCAGAUUCUGCUGUUUCCCAGCCAGCCCCCAGCACAGUCAGGCCGCUUCUCUGUGUCUCUGAGUGGGGAGCUGACCAUCACAGACGUACGCAGCGAGGAUUCUGGGUACUACAUCUGCCAGGCUAUCAGCGUGGCAGGGAGCAUCCUGACCAAGGCCCUUUUGGAGGUGGAGAAUGCGGCAUCCGAUCGUAUUCCCCCGAUCAUCCGUCAGGGUCCAGCCAAUCAGACAGUGGCUCUGGGAGCCACCAUGCACCUCCAGUGCCAUGUGAUGGGUAACCCCUUACCCAGCAUCCAGUGGGAGAAGGAUGGGCAAAGAAUCCUGGGAAAUGAUCCCCGCAUCAGCCUGAUGGAAAAUGGCACUCUGCAGAUCACAGACCUACAGGAGACCGACUCUGGAGCUUACACCUGCAUCGCUUCCAGCUCAAGCGGUGAAACAAGUUGGAGUGGAAUUCUCACAGUGAAAGAGAGGGGCGCCCCCUCUGUUGCCCAGGCCUCAGAGCCCAUCCAGCUUCCUGGACCACCCCAGAAGCCUGUGGUAACUGACGUGACCCGGAACAGCGUCACUCUGACGUGGCAGCCCAACCCCCACGAGGGUGGAGCUGCUGUCACCUCCUAUAUUAUCGAGGCAUUCAGCCAAUCAGCAGGUAGCACUUGGCAAACGGUGGCCGAUUUGGUGAAGCUGGAGAAGCACACGGUCAGCGGCCUGUACCCCAACACUGUCUACCUGUUCAUCGUGAGAGCGGUCAACGCCUUCGGCCUCAGUGACCCCAGCCCCAUCUCGGAGCCUGUCCGCACCCAAGAUGUCAGUCCGACGGGUCAGGGUGUGGACCACAGACAGGUGCAGAGGGAGCUGGGCGAGGUUGUGGUUCAGCUCCAAGAGCCUGUAAUCCUGACUGCUUCCAGUAUUCAGGUCUCCUGGACUGUGGACCGCCAGUCCCAGUACAUCCAGGGUUACCGGCUGCUCUAUCGUCCCAAGGGCGGCACCUGGCAAGGGCAGGACGUGAAGGCGGCCCCAGAGCGUAGUGCCAUCAUAGCUGACCUGCGCAAAGGCACUGAGUACGAGAUCAAGGUCCGGCCAUAUUUUGACGAGUUCCAGGGCAUGGAUAGCCGGGUGCUGCUGGUCCGCACACCUGAGGAAGUCCCAAGUACACCCCCUCGAGCCGUGACCGUGGUGACAGUCAAGCUGGGCAACAGUUCGAGCAUCAGUGUCUCGUGGGAACCGCCACCUGCCGAGACACAGAACGGAAUCAUCCAGGAAUACAAGAUCUGGUGCCUGGGCAAUGAUACCCACACUCGAUAUCACAUCAACAAGACGGUGGAUGGCACAAUGCUGUCCACAGUGCUGAAGGGACUGCUGCCAGGGGUCCUGUACCAGGUGGAGGUGGCAGCAGUCACCAGCGCGGGGGUGGGAGCACGCAGUCAGCCCGUGUCUGUCCUCAUCAAGCUGCCUGCAGAGCAAUCCCCUGCCCCUGCCGAUGCGGAUGAGAACGUGAGCCUGGCAGAGCAAAUUACCGAUGUGGUGAAGCAGCCGGCCUUUAUUGCGGGCAUCGGAGGUGCUUGCUGGGCCAUCCUCAUGGGCUUCAGUGUGUGGAUCUACUGCCGCCGCAAGAAGAGGAAGGAGCUGAGCCACUACACAGCCUCCUUCGCCUACACCCCUGCAGUUGGGUUUCCACACGGAGAGGCGUCAGGACUCAACGGAAGACCCGGUGUCCUUGGGGCCAGUAUGGGAAACUACCCAUGGCUGGCUGACUCCUGGCCAACAACUAACCUUGUCCAUGGCGGCAAGGACUCUGUGAACUGCUGCACUUCCAAGCAUGACUCCACAGAACGGUACUACAAUGAAGCAGGAAUCUCCAACUACCUAAGCCAGACAGAAAAAUACAGCUCCGGAUCCACCGAGGGACCCAUAUACAGCACCAUUGACCCAACCAGCGAGGACCUGCACAACUUUGGCGCCCCCUACUCCCAGCACACCACACCCUAUGCCAGCACGCCAGUCAUGCCCUUUUCUAGCCAGGCACCAUGCAGCCCAGAGCAGGAGGCCAAACACUGGAUGCUGCAGCCGGGACCAUCGGGGGCUCAGUACGCCCAGCCCGACCGCUCCAGGACAGAAAACGUAAAACAGAAGCAGAAGUCCAUGGGGAAGCCAGUGAAGACCCCCUCCCUCAGCUGGGCUGAAGCGUUGCCCCCACCCCCCUCCACAGGGGAGCUGGAGCACUGCACAGCGGAGGCUGACAAGGGCCCCCUGGAAGGGGACCUAUGCUCUGACGAGGAGGACUGGUGCCCACCCUUGCCAGAGAGGACGUAUCUAAUGGACGGUUCCGUGGAGGAUGGUCCACCACCGCCGCCCCGUGGGGAGGCAUCAUCCCCGGCCACCUCCUAUAGCCACCAGUCCACAGCCACGCUCACCCCUUCCCCCCGUGAGGAAGGCCGGCCCUGCGAGGACAUCCCACGUCUGCAGCACCCUGACACUGCCCAGCUGGCAAGGAGGUUGCCUUGCGGUCCUGUUCCGGUGCCACGGGCUCCGAGCCCACCCUUGAACCUGUCCAACCCCAACAUCUCAGCCUAUCAGGAUGGCCAUGAGCUGGGCACACCAGGGCGGUCCGGUCACCGGCGAGAUCUCAGCCAGGGGGCAGCGCAGAGCACGGAGAACAUCGGCACCGGGGGACCGGGUCGAUCCCACCUCUCCCCAGCAGACAGCACACACACACCCCCAGGGCAGAAGUCCAGAGCCAAAAAGAAAACCUCCAAGGGCAACCAGUACAGGAGAGAGCUGAACCAAGGAGACCUACCGCCUCCCCCGGAGCCGCCCCCCACGGAUGAACCCCUACGGCCCCAGGGGGGCCUCGACUGUGGAGGGAUACCACUGGAGAGAGAAGGGGGCCCCGUCUCCUCCAUGGAGAGGAGAGGAGAGAGUAAUGCCCACAGGAGGGGAGCUGGACAGCGCCGCAAGGAGGAUGAGGACGUAAUCCCUUACAGCAAGCCCAGCUUCCUUGCCAGGGGCCAGAUGUCAAGCAAUUGCUCCACAACAGGAAGUUCGUCAUCGCGAGGAUCCACAGGAUCCCGUGGGCCGGGGUCAAAUAGGAAGCGCAGUGAGGAAAUGAGAUAAGUGGAAGACAACCUGCUGCUACGCUCUUUGGUCGGCAUGUCAGUGUUGCCUCCAGUUUUAUAUUUGAACUCCCACCUCUACGGAAAGAAAACAGCUGAAAGCAAGAGGAGCAGUGUACAGGAUUGUCUGCCUUGUUCAAUUUCAAUGACGGACAUCAGGUUUUUUUUCGUUGUUAUUAUUUAUGAUUCCUGGAUCCUGUGCCAACAGCUUCCCAGCUUCAUGUGUAUAUAGACAUCUCUGUAAGGUUUGUAUGUGAUUUAUGGAUACAGGGAAAGAAAGAAAAUAUAUUGUAUUUAUAAGAAAGACAAAAUGUAAAAAAACAGGUCCAAUAUUAUAAAAUUAAUGUUUGAAUGUGCCAACCUUCUUGUAGAGAUGUAUACCUUUAAGAGCAUAAAUACUAUUGCACUCUUGUUGUAACAAAGAACAACAAAAACAUGAAGCACAAUCUGUGUGAGUCAGCCCAUCGGAGAGCCCAUCUCCCGCACCAUCCCGCGCCAUCACGGACGCUUCUGCUCAUCAUCUUCAUCCCCGAACUCCUGUCGUCAUUCUCCGAUGAGAAUGUGCCUCUGCCGCUUUCGUUCCUGUCUCCUUCCCGUCGCUCCUUCGGCGAAGGCUCGCGAUCUGAUGGCCGCUAGAGGAGGCUGUUCCCAUCAUCCAGCGCAGUGUUUCCUGAAAUAGUGUGACGAUGUAUUCCGUUGAGACGCCAAAAUGAUCUGUUCUGUUGACUUUUUGGUAGUCUUGUUGUUUUGUAAAAAUACAAUAAAAAAGAUUUGCUAAGCUACUA